UCUGUGGACGGGACGGGCGGCGCGAGAGCUGUUUGGGCGCUCACGUGACCCGGCUGGAAGAAGCCGUUGCAGGACAUUCUGGUGUUGCCACCUAAACAAGAAGCCUGAGUUGUUACAAGUUGAAACGGGUAUCCUGAAAUGCUUACAUUUAUCUGACAGCUAUGAAGUUUCUGCUGGUUUUUGAUUUUGACUAUACAAUAGUAGAUGAAAACAGUGAUACCUGGAUUGUGAAAUGUGCACCUGACUCAAAGCUUCCUGAUGAAAUAAGAAACUCCUACCAAAAAGGACGUUGGACAGAGUAUAUGGGCAGAGUGUUCAGAUACCUGGGGGACAAUGGAAUAAGAGAAGAAGAGAUGAAAAGAUCCAUGACAAAAAUCCCUUUCACUGAGGGAAUGAAAGAUCUCUUUGAUUUUAUUAGCAAACACAAAGGCUGUUUUGACUGUAUAAUUAUAUCUGACUCCAACACAAUAUUUAUUGAUUGGAUUUUAAGAGCUGCUAAUGUAUGUCAAGUAUUUGAUGAAGUGUUUACAAAUCCUGCAUGUUUUGAUGACUGUGGUUAUCUUACUGUACAGAAUUUUCAUGCUCACAAUUGUGCAAAGUGCCCCAUAAAUCUCUGCAAGAGAAAAGUCUUAGAAGAAUUCUUAGAAAACCAUUUAAAGCAGAGGGUUAAAUACUCACAGAUUUUAUAUAUAGGUGAUGGUGCGAAUGAUCUGUGCCCCGUAAUGUAUCUUAAAAAGGAUGAUGUUGUUAUGCCAAGACAUGGGUAUAUGUUACAGAAAAUGAUUGCUCAGUUGUCUCAGGAUCUUGUUCCCGUGGAGGCAUCAGUUGUUGCCUGGUCUUCUGGUUCUGAGAUACAGACCUAUUUAGAAUUACUUAUAAAAGGAUAGUUCUAAUUAAUACCAAUGAAAAUAGUACAUUGGUGCUGGUAUCUUGAUCUUCUCAUGCUAGGGCUAUUUCUUCAUGAAUGUUAGAAAAAGAACACUUUGUUUACACCACUUUGGUUCAUUGUCUUCCCUUGUGCAAAGUCAGUGUUGGGGGUGGGAGGUAUGCCUGCUCAACUAUGACCAGUUGAAGCAGAUGCCAUUGUCGUUGCUGAAAAUAGUUGUCAUGCAACAUCUUUAUCACAUCAGAAAACUUAUCUGUUUUGUGAUAUAUGAAAAUAAUUUUCUUCUAAAUAUUGACAGGCCGAAGACAUAUGAGCAAUUGCUACUUGUUUUCUAAAAUAGCAGAACAUUCUGUUAUAGGGUUGAAAAUGUUGCCCCUGAGAAGAGAGAAAGCCAUUGAUAGAUAACAGAAAUGUGGCAUGAACUAAAGCCAAAGUUCCACCAUGGUACCCCAUUCCACUUUCAGCAGUAAUUUCUGUCCAUGUAGCAUGGUGUAAUUGUGCAAUCUGGCCCUUGGGCUCACGUAUUGUUAAUAGUGUAGCUUUCAUUUUAGCACUUGUCAGUCUUCCCCACCUGACACCCUUUGUACCUUCAUACCUUAGCUGCUGCUGACUUUAAAGAUCCCCACUAUAGGUGAGUAACAGCUAGGCAUUUCUGUAGAUUCUAAUAUUGUUUAUUGAGGGGCAGUUGCCUGUGUUGAGAAAUCAGCCUAGGGACUGUGGCUAAUUUUGUGAUAAGUAAGAUUUAUUGCACAUCUCAACACAACAUGAGAGCUGCCCUUUCUCCUCCUGCUUAACAAUACAUGGUCAUUUGUUACUUAAUAAAUAACUACCAUAAUUCAAUCUGACCUCAGAAUGAAAGGUGUUACUUACAUGCUUUAUUAUCAGCAAUGGAUGCAUAUAUAGUACCUGAAGGUUGUAUUAUGUUCUCUGACUUUACUUAUCCUACUGUAUCUGUUUUACCUGCAGAUGUACUGCAAGGAAAUUGAAAGGGAUAAUGCAAUUAGAGGAUAUUACACUCCUUGUCAGGAGGUAGUAGAAUCCUUGAAAUGUGUGCAGUCCAUUCCUAUCCAUUUUCACUUGUUAAUCAGUCAGCUGAGGGCCAAACAAUGUGUUAAUGAUGAAUCCAGCACUAAGAGGUGAGUUAGAACCAGAAAUAUCUCCUGACAAAAAGCAGCCAGGAGUGUGGGUUCAGAAAAUUGCUUCUCCCAAAGCUAUGGUUUGCUCCUAAAAUAGCUAUUUUUUGCAAAUAGCCAUUUUGGAUUUGUGGCAGGAAAAUGGCACAGUGGGGAAAUUUUAAAACCAAGAACCACAGUACUGGUUUGGAUCAUCCUCCCACCAACUGCUUUUUAUUUAAACAAACACAAAAAAUACCCACUUCCAGUUUUAAGUCCACCUUUUAAUGAUUGAUUCAUAAUAAUGUAGUUUGACCCUAAUUUCAAUGGAAUGUACAAGGGAGUAAGUAUGUAUAGAGCUGCAGGCUUAAAACUCAAGUCAGGAUUUUGGUAAAAUGAUUGUCCUGUAUAUAAUAUGGUAAUGCCACCAAACCAAUUUUGAUGCCUAUUAAUAUAAUCUUCUGUUACUGAGGUGUCACAUUUGUCCAUCUUUUCCAAUACCUUUUGAGGUUAUCAUCCAGGACUGUGUAUUCCAUUUUUCCAUUGCAUUUUAUUAGUAUUAUGCAGGUGUUGUCUGAAAUGAAGGCUUUGAAAUAGGACAUAUAUUGAUGAACAGUAUUGUGUUGACCUUUUUACUCUAUUGUGAAAGGUGAUUGUGUUUAAAUGUUUUGCUUAAUGUGUGGAAAUACUUAGGUAAACUGGUUUCCAGUUACUGGAAAGCGCAUAUAUGUUUGAAAGUGGGGAUAGGGGAGGGGAAGAGCAUAAUCUGGAAAGCUGCUAGCUGGCUUCCAGAUCCUGGUAAUUUUAUGGCAAUCUUCCCUUUGAAGAGUUUAUUUACCAGUCUGCUAAUAUUCAGAUAUUGAGGCUAAAGGGCUCAGUACAGUAAGCAAUGGAUUUGCUUGGAGAUCUACCUUUAGCUUGAUUGUAGUCAGACAAAAUAACAAUGUGCCUAUUGCAACUUUUGGAGCUGUAUAUUGGUUAAAUUAACAAAGAUAUAAAUUUAAUUUAUGCAGUUUUGUAUUUAAGGAUCUAUGCUUAUAUAAAGAAUACAAUUAAAUAUUUUAUUAAGCAAGCACA